GGCCAGGGUGCCCAGGGUGCCGGCCAUGGGCAAGCGCGGGCGCCGCGGCCAGAGCCAGCUGCUCAGCACGCUGAGCAAGAAGCAGAAGAAGCACCUCCGCGACUUCGGCGAGGAGCACCCCUUCUACGACAGGGUUUCCAAAAGAGAAGAAAAACCACAGAUUUGUCAACUGUCCGAGAGUUCCGCUAGCUCAGAUUCUGAAAGCGAAGCGGGCAGUGAGGAGCCUGAACACAUCUCUGGGUACCACAGGCUCCUUGCUACACUGAAGAAUGUUUCUGAGGAAGAAGAGGAGGAGGAGGAGGAGGAAGAUGAAGAAGAUGAAGACAGUGAUGGGGAUGAUGCAGAAGUGAGCGGCGGUGAGGAUGCUGAUAGUGAUGCCAGUGUGGAGGAGAUGGCCGCGGGGCCCACAGGGCUGCAGGAGGAUGUGGCCUUAUCUGAUGACCCUAAGGAGAAAGGUGGGGAAGGAGCACCUGGCCCGUCACAGGAAUCCCCGGAGGAGUUCACCGAUGCGAAGCAUGAGUCACUGUUUAGCCUGGAGACCAAUUUCCUCGAAGAUGGGACCGGAGGGAACUCUGCUCAGGAAGGAGCGCAAGAUCCAUUUCUGCAGCACGUGAAUAAAGAACUGAAAGAAAAGGAAAUUCAGGCUAUUGCCACAAAUCCCAAAACUACUCGUGAGAUAAAAUGGCCCAUUCUGGGCCAGCUUGUCUUCUCAUCCAGAUUUCAGAAGUUGGAAACGUUUAAACCGCCAAAGGAUGUUAACACAGAGUCACUGCAUCUCCAGAAGCCUCUGGAAGCCACCUGGGCCAAGACUAACAGCCAGUUCCUAUCUGGCCCCCAAAACUCAAGUAGCUGCUUCACCCCCCUCCAGAAAGAGCUCUUCUCAAUCAUGAAUUCUUACCACGACCUGUUCUACCCCGAACGGACCGCCCUGAGGAACGGGGAGGAGAUCCGCCACGUGUACUGCCUGCACGUGCUGAAUCACGUGCUCAAAGCCAACGCCCAGGUGCUUGGCAACAAUGGUAGACGCCGAAGCCUGAAGUUUGGAGUGGGUGAUGAUGAUGACUUCAGGGACCAAGGUCUAACAAGGCCCAAGGUGCUGAUCGUGGUGCCGUUCCGGGAAGCUGCCUUGAGGAUUGUGCAGCUCUUCAUCAGCCUCCUUGAGGGGGACAGCAAGAAGAAGAUCAUUGUGAGCAACAAAAAGAGGUUUCAGGGAGAGUAUGGAUCCGAUCCUGAGGAGAGGCCACCCAACCUGAAGAGACCUGAAGACUAUGAAGCUGUGUUUGUGGGCAACAUCGAUGACCACUUCCGGAUUGGAGUGGCAAUACUUCAGCGAAGCAUCCGGCUCUACGCCCCCUUUUACUCCUCAGACAUCCUCAUCGCCUCCCCUCUGGGCCUGAGGACCAUCAUCGGUGGAGAAGGAGAGAAGAAGAGAGAUUUUGACUUUCUGUCUUCUAUUGAGCUUCUCAUCAUUGACCAAGCUGACAUUUAUCUGAUGCAGAAUUGGGAGCAUGUCCUGCAUUUGAUGAAGCACAUGAACCUGCUACCCUUGGACUCCCAUGGAGUGGACUUUUCUCGAGUGCGAAUGUGGAGUCUCCAUAACUGGGCCAAGUACUACCGCCAGACACUGCUGUUCGGGGGCCUGCAGGAUGCCCAGAUCAACUCAGUGUUCAACCAGUACUGUGUCAAUUUCCAAGGCCAGGUGACGGUCAGGAAUGCCCCCAUGACAGGCUCCAUCAGUCACGUCCUGGUUCAGCUUCCACAUGUGUUCCAGAAGAUGGAAGUGGAAAGCCUGGCCUCAGCGAUUGAUACAAGAUUCAACUUUUUUGUGAACAAGAUUCUGCCUCAGUACCGCGACGCUGUCAUGUCCCACACACUCAUCUACGUGCCCUCCUACUUUGACUUCGUGCGUCUCCGAAAUUACUUCAAGAAGGAGGAUCUGAACUUCACCCACAUCUGCGAGUACACCCAGAAGUCUGGCGUCUCCAGGGCCAGACACUUCUUCCUGCAAGGCGAGAAGCAGUUCCUGCUCCUCACAGAGCGCUUCCACUUCUACAAGAGGUAUACAAUCAAAGGCAUCAGGAACCUGAUUUUCUAUGAACUGCCGACAUACCCACACUUCUACAGUGAGGUCUGUAACAUGCUGAGAGCCACGAGCCGAGGAGAAGAGGCCGCGUGGACCUGCACCGUCCUCUACUCCAAGUACGACGCGCAGAGGCUGGCCGCCGUGGUGGGGGCCGAGAGGGCAGCGCAGAUGCUGCAGUCCAAGAAGAGUGUGCACCUCUUUGUCACUGGGGAGAAAUGAGACUGGGCUGGGCAGGAGCCGCAGCGCGAUCCUGACGCCUGAUGCUGUGUCACACGGUGGCCCCACGUCUGACAAGUUACACGGGAAA